GCAAAAAUGAAAAAAAUUAAAGUGUUCGUACUUCUUGGAUUUCUCUCACUGUCUCAAUCAAAAAACAUAUUUAUGCCGAACUUACCCGUGGGAGAAUAUCGUGUGGUGUUUGAGAAAGUAUAUCCUUGUGGAUCAACAAAAAACCAUACAAUUCAAUUAAAUAUUUUUAUUAGUAAAAUAACACCGAGAACAAAAGAGUACAAAGGGAAUUUAACAUUUUUGAUACCUUUUGACGAUACUCUAACACUUGAUUUAAAUCUAGCGAUUUGGGGUUCAACUGGUGGUUGGAUACCAAAUUCAAAUACUUUAAUAACAAAAAACGCUUGUAGUGUUAUGAAAAAUCUCGGAGGAAAUGCAUGGUUUACAUUCACAAAGGGUUUUAACAUUCCAACAGAUAAAUGUCCACUACCAGUGGGCACAUAUAUUACAUCAGGGAUCGACUUGAAGAAAUUUGAAGACAAUAACUUUCCAAAAGUAUAUUUUUAUGGAAAAUAUAAACUGGUGUAUAAAGCCAUUAAUAUGAAAAAUAUAAUAAUGGGCUGCGAGGUUGUGGAAUUUAAUCUUAUACGACCUUGGGAAACUCCAAUUUGAUUAAAUUACACAAAAUAAAAAUAUAAUAUGUUGUUAACUUAUUGUUAAACAGUAAACACAUCAUUUAUUUUCUUUACCAAAUAAA